AUGAAUAUUAUUUCAAAUGAAGCAAAAAACAACCUUUCCCCCAGGAAGACCACCUUUUCCAACAACACGAACGGGAGGACAAUUUGUGGCCAUAAAGCAAUCAACAUCUGCACCGAGCUGCUUAAGUCCGGCACAAGUAAGAAAACCACCUCAGACAGAGCAGCUAGAAGCAAAAUGCGGUUGGAAAGUGACUUAGAGCCCGGCAACUUAACGAUGCCGGAGAUUUCUCGGAUGGGCUGCAGCACAAUCUCUGGCACUGUCGACGGCUUCUCCGCCGUCGCAACCGAAGCCAAAACCAUCAAUUGA